AGUGCAUUUAAGAAAGGGGCUAGUGUUGCUUCUGUACUGCAACGCCUUUCCGAGGGAUCCUGGAAUGCCAGAAAUAUUCCACCACUGCUUAGCCUAGUUGAUGAAGAGCAUCAAUCGCGCUUUAAACCUUGACUUUGCAUCACGAAGAACUCCUUUUAUUGUGUUAUCCAUACCUUGGGGAUUAACGGCCCACCGAAAAAGAGUGUAAAACGCUAUCUAGUGGCAACAAACCUAUUUUGCCGCCUGCCGCCGAAAUAAAAACGUGGCGAAGUCAAAGCACCGGGCAGAUGGGGCGGGUGGGGAAGCCACAGGCGCCUGGCGUUGGCGUUGUGGUGCCAACCUGGCUUCGGGUUGGCGCAGAAUCAAGGGCGCAUUUCCAAACAGUUGUAUUCCAUUAGGCAGGAGUCAGAUGGAUGUCUAUCGCAGUGGAAGCUCCUACAAUCAUGACAACACCGUCUCUGUCCGCCUGCAUGACUCGCAAACUGCGCUGCCAAGCGAUUCUUCCACUUUGAAGUCAGAGGUUAUACGGCUACAGGGCUUGGUUGCGUCAUUGCAGUCGGAGCUAGAAGCCGCACGACGCGUUAUAGACUCGGAGCGGAAUGGCGAGGCGCAUGUCGGCUUACCAAUUUCAGCGACUGCCCGCCUUUCGGGCUUAACUGAACCGGCGACUCCAUUGAUGGAUGAACGCUCUGUUCGUCUUUUAACGCUCACAAGCAGCAUCGCGCUGGAUUCAGUCAAUGGUGUCAGGAGGCAUGAUGCCGCAGGGCCGCUCAAUGCCUCCGCAGCCCAUCAACCUCAAGAAGCCCGGCCUUUUAAUUCCGAUCAUGCAAACACACGGAACAGGCGACCACAAAACCCAGACCAGCUCCAGAAGCAGGAAGAGCAGCCAUCUGCGCUACAAUCGACAUUUGCUGCUGCUGUGACACAUGCCACAAUAGCAGCUGCGGGCUCACUUCCUUCCCAUGUCAACACGACCAGCUCCAGCGCCGCAGCUUUGCCAGUGUGUACCGCCUCACCAACCGCAGCCGGAGGGGCAGCAGCUGCCUCCAUCAAUAUGGAUGCGGUUGCCUCGGUCUCCACGGCUGCUGCCCCCGCCAGAGCUGCCACUGCAGCAGCAGCAGCAGGAGCCGUUUCCACGGUGCCAGCAGCCGCGCCUGUGGCUGAGGAAGCAGUUGUUUUCGUGUGCAGCAGCAGCGGCUUCGUUGAACCAUCACCACAGCAGCUGCAAGACCAUGAACGGCGGGAACCCUUCCAACUCAAGCAGGAGCAGCAGCAAGAGCAGCAGCAGAAGCAAGAGCAGCAGCAGGAGCAGGAGCAGGAGCAGCAGCAGCAGCAGCAAGAACAGCGGCAGGAGCAGCAGCAAGAGCAUGUGCAGCAGGAGCAUGAGCAGCAGCGACAGCACCCUAUCCUGCCCGAAGCCCAGCCUCCGCUGCAAACUCCCUCUUCACAGCCUUCCCCACCCUGCCAAGCGCUACAGCCCGAAGCAGCACCCGCUAUCGACCAAUCGCUGCUAAGCCUAGCUGCCAAGAGCUCUGCUCCCGCUGCGCUUCUCAUCUUGAGUGCCGCUGCCGCCAGCCCGAGCGCCGCCCCCGCAACCUUCCCACUGCUCCCCACCAUUCGCCUGUCAACCCCGCUUGGGAUGGAGGAGGAGCGCCAACCCUCACGAGAACCCCACCACCUGCCAAGCAUUGAUCGCUACGCAAUCCAUGCCGACGCCGCCACCGACGCGGCCGACGCGGCCGCUGGUAUUCGUAACACAUGUCGUACAACGGAUUUGGAUUCAGGUACACCUGCUGUAUCUGCUAGGUGUGCGGAUGAGACAGUAGCAGCGGGGAAGGGACAGAUGCCGGUUGCAUUCGGGCACUGUGGCAGCAGUAGCUGUAGCAGCAGCAAUCCGCUGUUCUCGCCGAUCUGGGUCAACGCCAGUGCACGGCAGCAGCUACAUCUGGGCUCUGCCGUACAGUACGACAGCGUUCUAACGCGGAUGUGCGAUCAGGAUCCAGCGCUGUCGGUCCUCCUUAAGGAAAUCGCAAGGCAGCUAAUGGCAGAGGGUGGUUGCGACCUCAGCGGAGCAGGAACAGGAGGAGCAGCGCAGGGUGGCGGCGAGGGAGGCGCCUCUGUCGCGACGCUGCUUCGGCCGGUGACGCAUCUCGUACCUGGCGGCAACAUGGGCGCACCUCGAACUUCUGCCGUACAACCACAUGGACAUCUGGCGCCCGGCUGCCAGCUCACACGACGAUUAGACUCCACGCAUGUUCGGCCUUCUCACAGCCCGGCGGAGACAGAGCAGCCUAAUGCCCCAAGUGCCGUUUACAGCAGUGCGCCCUCUGCAUGCAACAGUUCUUUCCAUCCUCUUGACAGGGACAGUGGUUUCGGAGCCGUAGAGGUACGACAGCACGGCUUUACUGUAAUCCGUCUGACACCGUGUCGACUGCGCUUGCCGGUGGCGGGAGCUGCCGCCAGGUCCGAAUGCAGCAGCCAGUGGGCGCAUGCAGGAACAGGGGCGGACGAUGUGUACGCUAGCUGUACAGCAACGGAUGCAGUCACGGCGACGACAACAGCAGCAGCUGCGGCAACGGCAGCGGCUGUUAAAGAAGGGGUGGAGGCGGAGGCUGAGGUGGAGGCUGAGGUGGAGGUGGACGUCCCGGGUCUGCUGCUUGAGCACCUGGGCUGUGACAAGCACGCCAGCACGCCCGAGGAGGUUCGGGAGCGCUUGCAACGUGACUGCUCCAUCCUGUCUGGCGUAUCCGCAGUCAUCACGUUGUUCGACUUGCACGGCAGAGUGCUGCAUCAGAACGCGCAUUCCGUAAACUACAUGGGGUAUCACCGCUCGACAUUACCUGCAAGUUGUUAUUCCGGCGGUCAAGAGGGCGGCGCGAGCGCUGGAGAUCUUCGAGGCAGCUAUACGGCAGUUAGCACUCUAGAGCGGUUAUUUCAGUUGGAUUCAUCUCAACUGCCGGAACUGUGGGCUGCCGUACUGGCGGAUCAGUCGUGGAAGGGCAUUGUACGGAUGCCGCCCAGUCUCCUGGAGGAAGAGCUGGAAGGUGAGAGAGAGCAGGAGGCCACUGGGGGUGCGACGCCGGCAGAUGCACUUGCAGAGGCGGGGGAGCAGGCAGUGGAGCAGGCGGCGGGUUCGGCAGCAGCAGCACCACCGCCGGCGCUGCAUGUAUGCCGGGGUCUGUGUGGAUCGGGAGAGCCCUACAGCAGCUGUGAUGGCAGUAGCCUGUGUGGCGGGGAAACGAGCGAUGGCACAGUAGACACCGCCUGGGAGCUAACCUUGUCUGGAGUGGUGCCGUUCCGCCCGUACGGAAAGGGCGCGGCUCCCACCGUGGCUUCUGCGUCUGCUGCGGUGGCCCCGGUGGUGCACAGUCCCAUGGGUCGCUGCCGCUCUCACUCGCUGCCCGCGCCGGGAAAGUCGACUGCUGGCGUUAUGACGGGUAGCAGCAAGGACACGGCGCAAAGUGCCCAAGUAAUGGCGGGAGAUGUGCCAACCGCUGCCGAUGCCGCGGCUACUGUCACGACUGCUGCUGGGGAUCGGCCACUCCUCGGGUACCCCACCUGCGGCGGCGCUGAAGGUGAAUCCACAACCGCAGCACUAACAGCCAACGACAACGGGAACGACGGCACACCUUCACGGGAAGUUGAGACGACGCUCGUCAAUGCAGUGCAUACGGCCGUGACGCCAGGAGAGAAGGUUGCCGCUAUGGGUAGCGGAGGCGGGAGCGGUGGUGGUACCCGGGGCAGCGGUCGAGUAUCCCGGGGUGCUACCGCUGAUGAUGUGCGACAUGGCGAGGCCAAACAGAGAUCCCAUAAGGGUCUUGACUUGAAGGCGAUCACAGCAUCCGCCUGGUCCCUAGUUGGCAGCGCCAACCGUACAUGCUCCUCUGCAUCACGCGCUCGAAGAGCCUCCCAGGUUAGCCCUGCCUCGGAGCUCGGGAGCAUGCCUCCAGUCGCCUUCAGCACAGCUGCAGCAGCAGCAGCAGCAUCUGGGGCUGCUAGUUCCCCUUUCGGGGCUGCUGCUGCAGCAGCUGCUGCUGCUGUCUCGGCUCCGUCGGUCUACCAUUCCCCAUCCACUACCACCACCACCACCAACAACAACAACGGCGGCGGUGGCGGUGCAGCAGCUGCAACGGCCUCCCAGCAGCAGCCAGGAACGCUAAGCGCCAAGCUCAGCAAGAUCAGCGCCGGCACUGCAAUCUCAGUUGCAAACGCACUGGGCGGGAGGGGCCGCAGCACGCCUCUGCCUCGCGUGGUGUUUUUUGCGGCUGCAGCGACAGCCUCCGGACAUCGCUCCUCGCGACAAAAACAAUCGCACCGGACGCGCCGUGCCGCCAAGUCCGUGGCUGGCAUCGUUCCUAUCAAUAGUGAAAACAGCAGCGGCUAUGAGGGUGGGAGUAGCAGCCAAGCAGCUACCGCUAUCAGUGUACGGAGGCAACAGGAGCAGCAAAGGCAGGAGGAAGAGCUGCUGCGGCUGGAGUCAGCCUGCAGAGCUUCAGAGGCUGCGGUCGCCACCUUUGCGGCCUUGGUGGGCAACAGAGGUGGCCAAGCAGCAGCGCAGGAAGAAGAAGAGGAGGUUGGCGACGUGACGAGGUCUGUGCCUCUGCCGAAAACCAGCACCGUCACUGUCGCCGAGGGUGCUGCAGGAGGAAGCAGCGACGCAUGCAAGCGCGGCGGCGUUGAUGGCGCUGUGGACCGAUGUGCCGAAGGCGGACGUACGGGCGCCCAGGACUUGCCAGGUCUCGGGAGCGGCUUGACUUUUACGCUAGACGCAUCUAAGACCGCUGCUACUGCUACUGCUGCUGCUGCUAUUGAUGCGGUUCCCAGCUAUAACACCAGCUCAACUGCGACUGUUGCGUUGGAUCCUGUAAAGUGCAGCUCCGGUAUCGGCGUGCGGCAGCUGGCACUACGUCGGUCCAACCAAACGGUCAUGGAGGGUGCAAUCGCCGAUGACGGCGGCUGUGAGGCUGCUGGUCAGGAUAGCGGCGGUAAGGAAGGUAGCUGCAGCGGUUGCAAGGCAGGCGGCAGCAGCGGCAAGAAGAGGGUAUCGGACGGGGCCCAUUCGGAGUGGGGGGCGUCUGCCGCAGCAGGAGAGGAGGAGGGGUCUGAGGACGGGGACGCCAGAUGGCACGAGGUGACGGCGAGGCCCUUCCGGGACCCGGUAACGCAUCAGACCUGCAUCCUCCUCAUGCAGGUUGACGUGACCGCCAAGGUGGAGACGGAGCGGCGCCUUGCGGAGCUUGUGGACGCGGAACACAAGAUACUGGAGCAGAUCUUCCCGCGCCACGUGUUGGAGCACAUGGCACUCGACACCGCCCGUGCCGCUCAGCGGCCCACCCCCUUCUCCUUCCACAUGUUCGGCCGGGACUGCUCGCAGCUGGCCACCAAGCAUGAGGCGGUCACCAUUCUGUUUGCAGACAUCAAGGGAUUUACGGAUAUGUGCAAGGAGGUUGAGCCCGAAGUGGUGAUGUCCUUCCUGAACGAACUGUACAACAGACUUGAUUCCCUGUUGGAUGUGUACGGCGUGUACAAGGUGGAGACCAUCGGCGACUGCUACAUGGUGGCGGGGGGCCUCAUCCGCAAGGACGAGGAGGGCUUCCCCUCCGUGCAUGACCCGGGGGCAGUGGACCCGCUGCACGCGGUGCGGGUCAUGAGCUUUGCAAAGGCGAUGCUCCGAGAGGCUGGGCAGCUGCGCAUGCCGCUGAGCGGAGAUCCGCUGAAGAUCCGAAUCGGCAUCCACUCGGGCCCCGUGGUGUCGGGUGUGGUGGGCAUGCGGAUGCCGCGGUUCUGCCUGUUCGGCGACACAGUCAACACAGCGAGCCGCAUGGAGAGCACUGCCGAGCCGGGCACCAUCCACGUGUCAGGAGAUGCGCAGACGCUGCUUCGCAAGGAGUACUGGGAGCCUACCGGGGGUGUGGAGGUGAAGGGCAAGGGGCUCAUGCACACCUUCGUCUGGCGCGGUAACGACUCCGAAACCGCACCCCACCUGCUCCCACCUGGCGCGUCCAUCUCGGGCGCUGCAAGCGGCGGCAGCGGCUCUGGAGGAGCUGGAAUGCCCACUCCCCGCCGCAGUUGCACCGCACCCCGCGAGAAGUUCCCAUCCGUGUCAGGACUGGCGGCCCAUCAUCAGGGCAUGCCGCCGCACGGCUUGGGCGCCGGAGGCGGCGGCGGAGUGGUUGGCGGUGCACCCCGUGUAAGCUGGCAGCCGAGGCGGAGCAGUACGGUGCCGCGGGAGGAGGGAAAGACCGCGCUGCCGCCGCCGUCGGGGGCGUCCGUCCUGCAUGGGCCUGCAUGGAGGAGCCCCUUGAGCAAGAAGGGCUCACCACACCACCUAUCACGGGUGAACGCCAUCCGAGCUCAUGAGCUGGAGGUGAAGGCGCUAUUCGGGCCUGACACCGGCAAAUCGCCGCAGCUGCCAUUCUCAAGAACGACGAGCAUCCAAGAGGCUGCAGAUGAGCCGGAACUGUUUACAGCAGCAUCAAGCGGACCGUUGGGGUACUGAGCGUGGGGCGAGUGGGUCGGGGCGGGCCGCAUCAGUAAUGCCUCGUGCAUGUGUCAGCGGGGUGGGGAGUGGUCGGUUGCCGUGAGGCCGCUCUCGGGGCCGCUGUCGAGCAUGUAAGGUAUGAAGAAGGAAGCGGGUAAUGGCAAUGAAAGGGAAACACAGGGAGGGGUAAAGUGUCAAGAAGAUUUGAGAACCCAGAACGGUAUGGGACCCAGAACGGUUCAGCAGAGCAGCGACUGCGGACUGCGACUGUGAGCAGCGGAGCAGCGACUGCUGUGGGCGGCGGUACUAGAGAAGUGGGAGGACUCCCACAUGGUGUCACAUGGUGCAAUGCAUGCACCCUGAUAUAAGUCAUUUACGCAAACGUAUCCUUGCCCAUCCUGCCUGCCUGAUACUUUGAUUCAAAAGCGGCCCUGGACAAUGCAAUUAAGUACAUCUUUCCAGGGCUAUGGACUUCGGAUGGGCUUUCUUCCAGGGGUGGCCUACUGCCCUUCUGGGCGGCAGGGUUGAGAGGCCGGGGCGGGAUGUUGGGUUUGGGUUUGAUGCUGUGCUCGUUUAAUCGUCGCCAACUUGAAUUUCCUCAGACGACAGUUGCAGAAGGGAGGUAGGUUGCACCACUUAAGUGACGAUGGACAUGAGCACGUUUGUUGCAAUGCAUGCCUUUGAGCACGUACGGUAACAAACACCCUGGUGUUGGAAUGGAGCGCGCGCCUGCCAAUUGCGGUCGCUCAUGCGGUUGACGUAGUGUGGGCUCGCCACUGGCACACCUGCCAACAACAUGCGGGGGGACAUGCACUUUACGAAGGAGUGUGACGUGAUGGCAGGCAUGCGUGUAUGGUAUGUAGGGUUAUUACCGCACUAAAAACAACAACGCAACCAUGCACGUGCGUGAUAUAAGCAUGCUUGAAAGGUUUUGGUGCUGCUGUACACCGCGGGCUUUCCGACUGCUGGAUGCUUGGGGAUCCUUCCUUCCUGUAUGCAUUUGACUGUUUUCUGGUUUUUAACAUGCGGCGGUGGAUGGUGUUGGGAUUGUCGUGGGUAUCGUGUAUACUUGGUCGUUGGCUGUGUGUUGAGUACCUGUGAUACGAUAACGGUGUGAAGCAUGUUCAAUUGAUGCCGAUUGGGAGUAUUGGAAAACUUAGCCCUUGGCCCGUUAUCCUUUUGUUAGGCAAGUUAUGGUGUAUUGUUCAGCAACGACACGGGCUCUUGCAGCAAAUCGUGGUUUGGUGUAAAGCAAAUGUAAGGGCACCUAGUAUAUGGCAGUCGAUGGUGACGAUAGCUGUAUGAGGGGGCUUCACCACUGGGUUCGUCAUGAUGGCUGUGGUUAGGGAAGGGGCCUUACUUUUCACCCUCCCCGUGCUUCUAGUACACCCGACAACGCGUGACGUAAUUGUGCUGCCACUUACGGUUA